AUGCAGAUGGCGUUGAAGGUAAAACUGGAAAGAAAAACUCACUGUCGUUUCAUCCUCAUGAAGAACUUGAUCAUACUCCGACAUAGCGACACAAAAUAUAAUAGCUGUUACGUCUUCAAAGCAAUGAAUCCAUUUUUUUCGCUCAGAUCUCUGUCCGCCGACAUCGAACAAUCUGUUGGAGGAAAGAUGAGAAAGCAUAAUAAAGAUAAUUCCGCUACUCAUUAA